CCGCCCUGCGUGAUGACGUCAACGCGCCUGCGCGCGCCGGGGAAGGAGUGGGAGCCAGGGGCAGACAGGCGCAGAGGCUCCGGCCCCGCCCGACUGGGCGAUGGAGUUUCCGGACCUCGGGGCGCACUGUUCCGAGCCGAGCUGUCAGCGCUUGGAUUUUCUGCCGCUGAAGUGCGAUGCCUGCUCGGGCAUCUUCUGCGCAGACCAUGUGGCCUACGCCCAGCAUCACUGUGGAUCUGCCUACCAAAAGGAUAUCCAGGUACCUGUGUGUCCGCUCUGUAAUGUGCCUGUGCCUGUAGCCAGAGGGGAGCCUCCUGACCGUGCUGUUGGGGAGCAUAUUGACAGAGAUUGUCGCUCUGAUCCAGCACAGCAGAAACGUAAAAUCUUCACCAAUAAGUGUGAACGCUCUGGCUGCCGGCAGCGAGAAAUGAUGAAACUGACUUGUGAGCGCUGUGGCCGAAACUUCUGUAUCAAGCAUCGCCACCCCCUGGACCAUGACUGCUCUGGGGAGGGCCACCCAACCAGCCGUGCAGGACUUGCUGCCAUCUCCAGAGCACAAGGUCAGGCUUCUUCUACAAGCACCAUUCCCAGCCCGAGUCGGACCUUGCCUUCCUCUACCUCUCCAAGCAGAGCCACAACCCAGUCUCCGUCCCAGGCAGCCCCUCCAGUGAUUGCUUUGCAGAAUGGCUUGAGUGAGGAUGAGGCUCUGCAACGAGCCCUGGAAUUGUCCCUGGCAGAGACCAAACCCCAGGUCCCAAGUUCUCAAGAGGAAGAAGACUUAGCUCUAGCACAAGCACUAUCAGCCAGUGAGGCAGAAUACCAACGGCAGCAGGCCCAGAGCCGCAGCUUGAAGCCGUCCAACUGCAGCCUGUGCUAGGGCCCUGGGCUUGGGGAGGGAGGCUCAGCUGAGGACGACUAUGGCCCUCACACCUCUAGGGUACGGAGGGAGAGGAGGCCCGGAGCAGGCUGGAGUGCAGAGACAAGCAGGAGUGAUGCGGAAGCUGCCUCCAGGGAGCAGCAGGAGACAGCUUGCUGAGCAGAGCGGACAGAAGGCCCUGCCAGCUCUCCAGCUGCAUGGGAGAGUGGCAAGGAACUGUUCCCUGGUUGGGCCCUUGUGGAUGCUGGCCGGGCCCCACUCUCAGCCCCCUUCUCAUGUCAUCUCCGGGGCUGCCCCCAUGUGCAGUGGGCAGGGAGGUGCCUGGAAAGAAUAAAGGAUCUUGGCAGCCACCCAGACA